GUCAUUGUACAUCAAAACCAACACUCUAUAACAAGAUCACAAAAGACUUAGAAACCACUGUUGUGUAUACGGCUUGAGUUCUGUUUUUACAGACUCUUUGAACAAAUGUGACAAAAUCGGCCCUGAUGGGUACACGAGCURUUAAGAUAUGCAGGCAGACUAAACUCGRUGRUACACGAGAAACUACUCUGGAUUCUGGUAGAAACAUUUAUAGCACAAGCAACAUUAAUGCCAAAAGAAGUGUUCGUGUACGAUUUCUUUUACCAGAAAAUACAAAAGUGGAGCAGAGAAAGGAGAUCGAGGUYUUUCCUGAUAAUCCCGAAGAAGAGUCUACGCUCCCRGCCAUCUGUGAGCUUAUGAUAUUCUCAAGUCAAGGAAUGGACGGACCAAAAACACCCAAACAAAAACCAGUUCUACCAAAAGCAUUUGUUAAUCACAAAAUAAACGAGGAUUUAAGCAGUUCUAGACAGAAGCGCGAGCAUCAGUCUUCAGUUGUAAAGCUGCCACCUGCAACACCAAAAUACACAACUCAAGAAUUAAAGAUUGCCAGUAAUAACAACAAAUGUAUGCUACCUGAAGAUUAUAAGGAYCCUUCCCAGUCCGAUACUCGAAGAAGAAUACUGGCAUGGCUGGACGAUGCCGAGAAAGCUCGGCCUUCUUAUAGGAGAAGRUUUAAUACAUUCAGUACAUGAAAAGUACUUUCAUUGCAAAUCUGCUGAUGGUACUUGACUGGAUAAGAACAAAUAUUGC